UCUUUAAUGUGACAUUACGUAAUGGCUAGCAGGCUGUCAGUGUCAUAGUAGAAAUUUUAUUAAUUUCCGAUAAAAUUAUACAAUGGCUGUCUCAGGUCGAAUUCUUCCUUGGUUUAAAGAUGGCCUGAGACUCACCAGUGUGAGAUACUCAUCAUGCGGAAGUGGUGGUAAGCCAUAUGAACAAACACGUAAAAAUCUCAUGCUAACCAAAGAGACCAGAGUCAUUGUUCAAGGUUUCACCGGUAAACAGGGCACAUUCCACAGCCAGCAAGCUUUGGACUAUGGAACAAAUAUUGUUGGAGGUGUGUCUCCUAAGAAAGCGGGAACCGAGCAUCUCGGGAAACCUGUAUUUGCCUCCGUAAAAGAGGCCAUGGAGAAGACCCAAGCUCAAGCCUCAGUGCUUUAUGUGCCACCGCCAGCUGCAGCAGCAGCUAUACUUGAAGCUAUUGCUGCGGAAGUUCCUCUUAUCGUCUGCAUUACGGAAGGUGUUCCCCAACAUGACAUGGUCCGUGUGAAGCAUGCCCUUCUGCGGCAAAACAAGUCCCGGCUGGUUGGGCCUAACUGCCCAGGCAUCAUUGCUCCAGAGAAGUGUAAGAUCGGCAUCAUGCCCGCCGCGGUGCACAAAGCUGGUUGUAUCGGAGUGGUAUCUCGUUCUGGUACUCUUACGUAUGAAGCCUGCCAUCAAACUACUGUUACUGGCCUCGGACAGACCCUGUGCGUCGGUAUUGGUGGUGACCCCUUCAAUGGAACAGACUUCAUUGAUUGCUUGGAGGUGUUCCUCAAGGACCCACAGACGAAAGGAAUUAUUCUGAUCGGUGAGAUCGGUGGCCAAGCUGAAGAAUUGGCUUCGGAAUAUCUUACCCAACAUAACACUCCGAAAAAGGGUCAAAAAGCUAAGCCUGUGGUAUCCUUUAUUGCUGGUCUGACCGCACCGCCCGGCAGACGUAUGGGACACGCCGGUGCCAUUAUUUCCGGUGGCAAAGGUGGUGCCAUGGAUAAAAUAAAGGCACUCGAAAAGGCCAAUGUGAUCGUAACCCGUUCCCCAGCCAAGAUGGGAGUCGAAUUACUGAAGGAGAUGAAACGAUUGGAAAUUGUCUAAAUUCUUAGAUUUUUAUCUAUCUGUUCAUUUUGUAUAGAUUUUUUUUUUAGUAAUUAUAUCGACAUUAUUUAUUUUGAA